UCGGAACUCCUCAUCCGUAGAGGAGGGGAGGAGAGGGAGGUGAAGAAGAGGGGGUACUGUUGUCAUCCGUCAGGGCAGUGUGUCGAGCUUUUGUCCAGGAGAAAUGGCCGGGAUCAAAGCUCUCAUCAGCCUCUCUUUCGGAGGGGCCAUCGGCCUCAUGUUCCUCAUGCUUGGAUGUGCCCUACCAGUAUAUGACAAAUACUGGCCUUUGUUCCUCCUCUUCUUCUACAUCCUCUCGCCCAUCCCUUACUGCAUCUCGCGGCGGGUGGUUGAUGACACAGACUCUGCCAGCAACGCCUGCAAAGAGCUGGCCAUCUUCCUCACGACGGGCAUCGUCAUCUCAGCCUUUGGCCUGCCCAUUGUUUUUGCUAGAGCUGAAGUGAUCGCCUGGGGGGCGUGCGCGCUCGUGUCAACAGGUAAUGUAGUCAUCUUCGGGACCAUCCUGGGCUUCUUCCUGGUCUUCGGCUCCAACGACGACUUCAGUUGGCAGCAGUGGUAAAACGGCCAAAUGAAGGAGAGCGGCAGGGAAGGGGGACCUUAGUCUGAACUGUUUUUAUUAGUAUUACAAUUAUUAUUAUUAUUAAAGUAUUACUGUUUGGUUGUUGUUGUUAUUCAUAUGAUGACCACCCAUCCAUAGACUUACACCAGACCAGUGCAAUACUUUUUUUUUAAACUACCUGCUCUAUGUUGAACUGACACAAGAAGAUGGAAAAUACUGACUUGUACUAUGAUUUUAUUUAUAAAAUUUUUUUUUUAGAUUUUGCUCUCAAAUAACGACAAGAUUUCUUCAUGUCGUUAUUUGACCUACUGCUUGAGUCAUAAAGAGCAACAUGGCAAGUUGCCAUUGGUAUUGCCAUUGGUAUUAAUGGGUGACAUUUUGCUAAAAUAGCGCAGAUUUUGACAUCUUCUGUAAAUGUAAAGUGACCUACAUUACGCUUCGACACUUGGUGAGAACCUGACUGUCAGGGCAGGAAUUAAUAAUCAGCGUCUUUUGAAGAAGUUAUAUGUUGCUUAUCCUUUUCUCUUGGGUUCAGGCUUGUAUCUGCACAAAUGUUCUCUCCUUCAUUUGGCUCAGACACCAAGGAAAAAGAAAACAAUACUCUUUUUUCUAAUUGUCAUGGAAAAACAUUUCAGAGGAUUGUUUUAAUGCAAUAUGCAGGAAUCAGCAGAUAUUCAGUAAUGGCAUUAAAGAUAAAAUAAUGACUAACAAUUCAUUUCCCUACCUGCUGAACAUUAUGCUCGCAAACACACUCAUUACUUUUGAAAUCUGCCACAUGUUUUGAAAGUCAACAGAAAUUUUACAUUUCAUACUUUUUAGAUAUUAAUUUAUUCUGCCUCUAAAACAUGACGACAUAUGACAUUUAAACCUUUUUUGAUUAGCAAAUAGCACCAGGAGAAAGAACAGCAGGCUGGCAUGCACCCAGACAUCAGAUUUUAUUACCAUCUUAGCAUCAAUUUGCUCUGAUUAUACUCUGUGUGGGACAUCUGCACUGUAAUGCCCAGAAAGCAAGAAAGGCUUGCUUUUUCAGCAGCUAGCUUGGCUUCAGGACAGCAGCACUGUUAGAAAGACCAACAGUCUUUAAACUUUGCAAUCCGACUCCUUGAUCGUAUCAAUGAACCAGCAUAUGUGUUAAUUUAGUAUAUUUGCUUCGUUUCCAUGAUAAAAACUCCAGCACAUUCACUGCUUUAACUCUGAAGGUUGUCUCUGAGGUUUAUGACAUUUUGCUCUAGCAUGCAGCUUGCGGCUGUUAAACUGCUUUCGGAUCUAAACAUGGAGUUAAGCUGCAGCCUGAACACAGCUUUUCUCUGAGGGGAAGGUUUAGAUCUUCAAGUUGCAUCGAUUAUUUACCGUUCCUCAUUUUGUGUCGAGCCCUGAUGAUGCCUCUUCCUCUGGCAGAUUCCCAGACUUUUUGUCUCACAAUCACAGAUUGUGCUUCAGACUUAAUACAAUUUUUUCUAAAAAUGUACACAAUGUUCUUCGUAGCAACUCAAAAUCACAAAAUUACCACAAAAGUCAGACAAUGUAUGGAGGAGUUUCUGUUAAAUAAUAAAAUUUUUAAUUCCUCUGACCCCAACUUGACACUUCAUAAAGUGUGUUCAGAUUAAAUAGAUUUAAAAUGUGCUGAAUGAUUUUAGUGGUCGCCAACAUAAUAGAUCUGUCAGCAGAUUUUAAUUAUUCUUUCUAAAAAUUCUAAACGAUCAGAAAUUCUGAAAUAGUUAUCAGACUUAGAGAUUUAUAUAGAACUAGUUAAAACAGCACAAAAUCUAAAAACUGUAAAGAUAAAUAUCAGUGUUAAUUGUUCUUUGAGCUCGAAUCUGUCAAUUCAGAUUUUGUUUCCUAAAACACAUCAAAGAGAAAAGGUGUGCUGCAGUUUGGUCGAUAAUCAUUUUGAAAACAUCAUAGUUGAUGUUUUCAAAGUAAUUUCUGGUUGUGGAUUGAAUCGUAUGUUCCUAACAUUCAUCUGAUGUUUUUUUUUUUAUUUCUUAAAGUAAGAUAACUGCAUCAAAUUUCAUGGUGGUGAUUGAUGCAUUUAUUUAACAAAAAUGGUCAAAGUUCUUAGUUUUACAUAGAAAAUCUAUCACAGGAAAACUGUCUAAUUUUUAAUUGGCUGUCAUUAAAAUAUAUUAAAAUGUUGACUGAAAGUUUUAAAGAUGACUCCCUAAAAGUCAACCUCCAAUAAUCACAAAUUCACCAAACAUUCGGACUUCUGUCAUUUAAUUCUUAAGGCCAAUGCCUUCCUCAGUAGGCUGAGGGAAUAAAAUUAUAGCUUUUGUUUCUUAUUCUGUGCAGAAUGUUUUUUUAUGCAUACUGUCUGAAAAAUAUGAGAUGGAUGUGCUGCAGAAGUAUAAAAUAUCUUUAUUCCUAUUCUUUCAGCCUCAAGUAAAAUAACAAAUUCCUCUAUUCUUGCAGAGAAUGUAUUGGUUUUUAGAUCGUCUCUUCUUGUCAGUAGAUAAAAAACUGUUGCUGCAUCGUUCCACUGUCUCUCUCUUCGGGGUUUUAUUUGCGUUCUAAAACAACAGGGUUAAAAUUUUCCUUGAGGUUAAAUCUUUAAUCAUUGAGUUAAAGUAAAUUUUAGCAACCAAUCCACUUUUCUCAGAUCAAAUUAAGGAGAACAUGAGUUUGUUUUACAUAGUUUUUUUCUUAAUUUUUUUUUAUCAGAAAUGCACUGAUCAGGAUUUUAUUGACUGAUAACAGUUUUUGUUUUCUUUUGUUCCAAACUGCCAAUUCAAAUUUUUGUACUGUAAAACCUCAAAUGUGUAAGUUUUUAUUUUAUAAUGAAAAGCUUUCAUUGAUAAACUUUUGACUAAAUUAAAAACAAAGCGCAUCAAUGUUCACUGAUGCAUUUACAGAUCCAUAAAAUUGGGAUUUUUGAUUCAUUCAGUGAAGAAGGCCAGGAUGAAUCAACCAGUUUCAGUCAAAACUAGUUUUUACAGAAAUCAAAAUAUGAUUGACCAAAAACAUUUAGGCUUCAUUUUCAGAACUGCUAAUUAAAAUGUAUUGCUUUUUUCAAAGGAAUUGGUCAUAUUAAAAGCUUCACUUCACACAAUCUUAAUAGUUUCUCUUAAAAACAUUCAAUAAAAAAAAAAAGCUGCUACUGACUUUUAUGUGACUAUAACAAUGUUUGGUUGUAUGCAAGUCCAUCUGCUGGGCGACCUCCAGAGGUGUGAACAUCUGUGUGUUUCCAGUUUUAAGCUCAAUAAGUUAAAUGUUCUCAAGUUUAUUUUGUUUCAUAGUCUGCUGUGAAAGCCCUUUGAUGUGACAGAGGCUGGUGUGAAGUUCUGGGAUGGGUUUCUGUGUUUCUCUGUUUGUUUCUGUUGCUCAUAAUGAUGAGAGGAUAUUGUAUUUAUUUAUUUUGUCGAGUCAACGUUUGGUUCCUUUUUUUUAUCUACAACGCUUGUGUUGAAAGAACGACGGUCAGCAUGGUGAUUUCCUUUUCUCCUUUUUUAUUUUUAAUAAAUGCCAUUUUUGAACAUC